AUGGCGUGUAAACAGAAUUUAACGAUUAACGAAGUUUUGUGCUAUUUAUUUAAUAAUUACGAGUUUUUGAACAACGAUAUAUUUAUUAACAAUGCGUCCGACUUCUAUAGCUCGGAAGAAAUCUCGGCUGCCCUCAAACAGAUCAAACACGACGUCAAUCUCCUAAAGAUUGAUGUUAAUUUCGAUACACCACUUGGUCCUAAAAAGAAAGACAAAAGAGACAAACUACGCGAGACCAUUCGCUAUUUAGGGCUAGUCCGCGAAAAAAAAUUAUCAACAGAGCUUCCUACAUACGUUAGCUCUAACUUAUGGGUACCUAAUAACGACUCUAUUCUUAAAUUUAACUUCAAUGAAAUCAAAAACGACAUAUGCAAUAUGCUGCACAAUCAGCAACUCUAUCUAUGCAGCAUGCUGAACGCAGCCCCUCGAGUUCAUAAAAGUGAACUUAAUACCAACAACACCAACGUAAACAAUGUUAAAAGCUACUCGGUAGCAGCAGGACAAAAACACGCCUCGUACAGCUCGGAUACAUCAUUUCCCAAGAUCGUUCAUCCAGCUUCGUCCGUAAUCAGCACACCACCAUCUGAUGAAACCUCGAAGCAGGGAACCCAAUCGCUGGUGGAUCUCAACGUUGUAGCUGCUCAUGCUCAUUCUUCACUUUCAACUCCUAACAAUAACAUCAAUAAAAACAACUCUAAUUCCAGUGGCCACGAAGGCUCUUGGAGCACUGUUACUUCAAAAAAAAAGAGAAAAUACACUCUAAUUACUGUAGGUUCCAAACAACCUGGGUCCUUCAAAUUAUCUGCAGCUCCUUUGCCUCCCAAAAAAAUUGUUUUUGGGGUAGGUAAAUUGAAAAGCUGCGUCAAAGAAGAGAUCCUUGAACAUCUGGAAACUAUUGGACUGACCGCUGCAGAAAGCGUACCAGUCUUUAAAUUCUCUCCCACUUGUCCUCAACCUUCAACCAGUGAUCCAUCAACAAAAUUCCGCAUAACUAUUUUUAAACAUCAGGAGAUGAUUUUUACCAAUCCUGGAAAUUGGCCUAUCGGCGUGGAAAUUUACCCCUGGUUGUUUCAUGCUCGACCACAGCAUUUGAUAAAACCCACUACAACUUCACUACCAAAUCAUUAUCCUGUCGACCUACCAAAUGUUAAUACACCAUCGCUGGUCAACUCACAUCAGCAUGUAGAAAACACAGUUGAUGUAGCUUCCAUUUUAACUUCUUCGGAAGAAUCCACUCAGCCAGUCAAACAGUUAUCCUACUACACCACAAGAGAUCUACUCAACAUUCUAGAAGCCAAGUACAUCAACAAUCAUGAUCACCCUCUACCUCUACUUCACAUAAACAGCAGAAAGACAUGGCUGAAUGACGAAACCGCUAAACUAGUUCGUAUGAAUGAUUACAAUUUGGUUUUUAAAAAUAGGUCUGACAGAAUAGGUGGUGGAGUCGGAAUCUUCAUCAGAUCAGGCAUUGAAUUUUCUAUGAUAAACAAUUUUCUUCUGAACGACACCAUUAUUGACCUUCUUGGUGUCAAUUUAAAAUUAAACAACACACACCCACCACAAGACAAACAGUCUUAUUCGGUCUCCGCAUAUUCAACUUCAUAA